AUGGACAAAGAUGAGUCACAAUACUUUGAUUUUUCCCGUCUCACAAACAGAUAUACUUUAGAAAUUCAACAUCAGGCAUCCCGAGAGAUGGUGAUGAUCAUCAAUAACAAGAUAAAGCCUCCUGGAGGAGAACCAAUCUGGUCAUGGUAUUCAAGGGCAGAGCAACUGGAUUAUUUGAAGGGGUUUCUCAAGCCACUCGCAGUCGAGACAAAAGGCACAUCAAAAGCUAAGGAUCCUGAGGAUAUAAUUGUUCUAUCGGAUACUGAGGAUGAAAUUAACAGAGAAAAUAUUCCUGUAGAAAAACCCUUGCCCUUAGUUUCUGUAAAGCAAGAACCAAUUGAUGAUGAACAUGAAAAAUCCUCUGAUCCUGAUAAAAACCUGCCCUUGCCUGUUGAUGUCAAUCCAAUAUCUGCUGUUUCAGAAGAGUUACACACUAAUGAAACUGUGUCUGAACCUCCAACUGAACCAAACCCAGAAACAACACAAACCAAUCUGCCUCAAACUGAAUCAAACCCAGCAACAACACAAACUAAUCUGCCUCAAACUGAACCAAGCCCAGGAACAACACCAACAAAUCUGCCUACUGAUGAGUCCCCAAAGGACUUUGAGAUUGAAUUUGAAACAGGAAAUGUUCCAGAAAUACAGGUUGCAGACCCAGCUGAUGAAGAAGACAAUUUGCCUCUGUCACAAGUGAAGAGAAACAAAGAAAAGGCCAAAGGGAAGAAAAAGGUCCAAGAAGAACAAGCUGAUAAAAAUCCAGUGACAAAAAUUCAAGUCUUCCCAGUCCCUGCCACAAGGCGUAAAACCAGAUCAUCCACAGUCACAGAACAAAAGAAGAAGGAGACCCCAUCACCUGUCCGAAAAUCUAAGAGAAAACAACCAUCUGCUGAACAAACUAUCCCUCAGGAAACCACUGGAAGUAAGAAGAGAAAGAACACUCAAGCUCAACAGUCUGAAAGCCUGCCUGAUGUAUCUGUUGUUGCACCUCUUGAAGUCAUCACUCUUCAAUUUCUGUCUGAUGAAUAUGGAGCAAGAUGGGAAUCCACAAACCAAAGGAAAAUUUUGAGUGAAAGGUAUCUUGAUAUUGAAAAGUUCAAAUCCCAGUGCCAACUCAUGCCAAGGAGCUAUCCACCUAUUGCCAUAAAGGAAUUUUAUGCAAACCUAAUGAAGACCAUCAAGGAGGCUGGUUCACAGGUUUAUGGACGUGUCUGGCUGAGAGGAAAAGAAUACACUUUCGACACACAUACUAUCAAUCUGUAUCUGGGGAUUGAUGCAAGUGAUAUUGAGGAUCCAGUUAUUGGGGCAAACACAAUCACAAAGGUCAUUACAGGAGGAACCUAUAGCUAUUGGCCUGUUGAAACCAACAUGUUGCCUGCCAAAUCCUUAAUAACAAAGUAUGCAAUUCUGCAUAAAAUAGCCAUGACAAAUUGGAUGCCAAAUGAACACAGGGGGGGAUUAAACUUGCUCAUGGCCACCUUGAUCUACAAAAUAUGA